AAGGUCGGUGGCAGCUCCCUUAAUAAGGAAAGGGCCUGUGUGGUUGGGUGCUCGGGGUGCGGUGAGAACAUCCUGCCUGCUCCCGGUGGUGGGACGACAAGUGUAGCCAGAGGACCCAAGUGGGCAGCGGGCAGCCAUGGGGCUGCUGACGGGGGAUGCUCUGACAGCCCUGGCCGUGGCCGUGGCCAUCUUUCUGCUCCUGGUGGACCUGAUGCACCGGCGCCAGCGCUGGGCCUCACGCUACCCACCCGGCCCCAUGGCACUGCCGGGCUUGGGCAACUUGCUGCAGGUGGACUUCCGGGAACAAACAAACUGCUUCCACAAGCUGCGGCGCCGCUUCGGGAACGUGUUCAGCCUGCAGCUUGCCUGGACGCCGGUGGUCGUGCUCAACGGGCUGGCGGCCGUGCGCGAGGCGCUGGUGACUUGCGGCGAGGACACCGCGGACCGCCCACACGUGGCGAGCUUGGAGCACCUGGGCUUCGGGCCGCGCUCCCAAGGGGUGGUCUUUGCCCGCUACGGCCCCGCGUGGCGCGAGCAGCGCCGCUUCUCCGUGUCCACGCUGCGCAACUUCGGCCUGGGCAAGAAGUCGCUGGAGCACAGGGUGACCGAGGAGGCCGCCUGCCUCUGCGCCGCCUUCGCCGACCAUGCCGGACGCCCCUUUAGCCCGAACGUGCUGCUGAACAAAGCCGUGUGCAACGUGAUCGCCUCGCUCACCCAAGGCCGCCGCUUCGAGUACGACGACCCUCGCCUCAACAGGCUGCUGGACCUCACGCAGACCACGCUGCAGGAGACGGCCGGGUCUCUGCCACAGGUGCUGAACGUGGUCCCCAUGCUCCUGCGUAUCCCAGGGCUGAUAAACAAGUUAUUCAGCGGGCAGAAGCAGCUGAUGGCCGAACUGGAAGAGCUGGUGACCGAGCACCGCAUGACGCGGGACCCCGCCCAGCCGCCCCGAGACCUCACCGAUGCCUACCUGGCUGAGGUGGAGAAGGCCCAGGGGAACCCUGACAGCAGCUUCAACGAUGAGAACCUGCGUUUCGUAGUUGCUGACCUGUUCACGGCGGGGAUGGUGACCACGUCGGCCACGCUGGUCUGGGCCCUCCUGCUCAUGAUCCUGCACCCGGAAGUGCAGCGCCGUGUCCAACAGGAGAUCGAUGAAGUCAUAGGGCCGGCACGGCGGCCAGAGAUGGGGGACCAGGUGCGCCUGCCCUACACCACCGCCGUGGUUCACGAGGUGCAGCGCUUCGCAGACAUUGCCCCAAUGGGUGCACCACACAUGACAUCGCGGGACGUUGAGGUGCAGGGCUUCCUCAUCCCCAAGGGGACAGUGCUGUUCACCAACCUGUCAUCGGUGCUGAAGGAUGAGGCCGUCUGGGAGAAGCCCUUCCGCUUCCACCCGGGACACUUCCUGGACGCCCAGGGCCGCUUCGUGAAGCAGGAGGCCUUCAUGCCUUUCUCCGCAGGCCGCCGCGCGUGCCUCGGGGAGCCCCUGGCCCGCAUGGAGCUCUUCCUCUUCUUCACCUGCCUGCUGCAGCGCUUCAGCUUCUCGGUGCCCGCGGGACAGCCCCGGCCCAGCGACCACGGCAUCUUUGGUACCCUGGUGACCCCGGUCCCCUACCAGCUGUGUGCUGUGCCUCGCUAGUGGGGGCACCGAGUCCCUGCCCACCCCCAGCAGGGCCCUGAUGCACAAUAGAGCAGUCUCCUGUCUCCCCUGUGGUUUCUGCGUCCACCCUUGGCCCCUGGUGAGCCCCUGCCUGUCAUGGGUCCUCAGCCACCUGCCUGAGGCUGCCCCCACCCUUGCCUCCUGCGUCUUCCCUGAGCACUGACUGCAUCUGAGAGCUGGGACCCCGAUGCUUAGCCAACUGCAUCCCCCCAUGAGACUCACCCCCGGACAGGUGCUGGUGACAGAGGUCUUGCAGCAGUCUUGGCUCUGGGUCUGGGGAGCAGGAGGAGCGUGCAUGGGCGAUGUGGGGCGUCAGCCCCGGCUCUGUCUGGAGAGAGUGUUGGGGUCCCCAGACCUCCCUCAGGCUCUGUGAUUGGCUGGAAGCCCUCCCAGAAGUAGGAACGCUGUUGUCCUCACUGUUGUGGUUUAGUACUGCGGGGAAAUGAGGCACACGAGGCAAUUCAAAGAUGGCGCCCAAAGGACGUAAGGUGGGCAGAACCCAAAGCUGUUUACCACCAAAGCUAAUUGGCCACGCAACAUCAGGGGAAGUGACAACAACUAAUGACAAGUGUAUAGACAUAUGGUUGGUCCUGUAAAAAAUCGCCCCAUAAAUGACCUUUUAAGUAAUUGGUUGGUACGUAUGCCCUGCCCCAAUAGUCCUGCAGUUUCGUGAUUUAAAAGGCUUUGCUAAGUGCGCAAUAAACAAUUUGUUGCCUGA